UGUCAAUAUAGGAAUAUAGUCCUUAUAAGUAUUAGCUCCUUUUUCAGUACUAUUUUUUGCCGUAGACCUUCUAUUUCAAAGCUAUGGCGAACUGGGCAGAGUUGCCCUUCGACCUCCUUGUUCUGAUUGCGAAGCGCGUUAAAGUGAUGGAAGAUUUCAUUGCUUUUGGUGUUGUUUGUACCUCGUGGCGAGCUGCAGCCUCCAAGGAGAAUUUUGAUGUGCUCGCGCCCCAAGUUCCGUUGCUUAUGCAGGUUGCCCCACAUAACUUUGAUUAUCGAGAAUUAUACUCUCUUUCCAAGCAGAAAGUUUCAAGCAUAUUUCUCCCAGAAGCUAGAGGGGUAGUAUGUUUCCCAACAGAGGGAUGGCUCUGCACCAUGGCAUAUAAUAUUAACGGUGCAGAGAUGAAUUUGUUGCAUCCUUUCUCCCGUACCCAAAUUCAACUUCCUCGACUAAAACCCUUACGGGCUCAGAAUCAGGGUUACUUGAACAUAGUUGUUUUAUCUGCCAGUCCUUCUCUUACAUCGAAUUAUGCACUAGUGGUUCACUAUUUUGCACAUCAUUUUUACCAUUUGGCUUUUUGGCGACCUGGAGACCUCAACUGGACUCAUAUUGACACUAAAACAACCUGGACUCAUAUUGACCCUAGAACACAGGAUAUAUUCAGAAGUAUCAUUUACUAUAAGGGCCAAUUUUAUUGCGCGACUUUCUCUGGCCAAGUCUUUGUUUUUGACGUUGGAGGGCCUAGCAUUCCUCAACCAAUUGUAGAACCAAGCUUGCUUGUUAGGCAGCUAAUAUAUGAUUCCUUUGAGUUCUACCUAAUCGAGGUAUCGAGUUCCUUAUUAAUUGUUACCCAAUUUAGAGGAGAUGGGGGAGAGAUCUUUGCAUUUAGAGUGUCUGAAUUAGAUGUAAUCAGAGGUGAACUGAAGGAGAUUAACACUUUGGGAAAUUCAGCAAUUUUCUUGGGCCUCAAAGGAGCAAUUUCCAUUGACUCCUCUAAGUCUACAACUUUCAAGCCUAAUCACAUAUAUUUUGUUGAUGGAUGGAGUGAUUUACCCAAUGCGAAGGCUUACAAUCUUGAAGAUAAAAAAAUCGAAUCUUUUUAUCCUGAAUCGUCACUAAUAAGUCUCACUUGCCUGCCAAAUUGGGUUACACCAUCAUUCUGAUAAUGUGAUUUCACUCAACGCCAUGUCGCGAUUCAAAUCACGAGGAGUUAUUUAUCUUUUUAGUUUGAUUUUCUUACUGUUUUCUUUUUCCAAAUUGUCAUUGUAGCCUGUUUGAUCUACUUAUUUCCCUUCACUGUAAUAUGCUGAUAGAUGAUAUAUCAA